AUGCCGCGAGUGUUCAAACCUAGGGUUGUGUUCGGUUCGUCUCAGAAUCAACAAAAAAGCAGGGUAGAAUCUAAGACAUCCGAUCCAUCAACUGUCACAUCUCUACCGCCGCGUUCUCCACCUCAACAAGAUGUCAAGUCAUUAGAACAGCAAAUUAGUAACGUUCCUGAGUCCCAGGGUGAUAUUAACGCUCAAACCAGUCCCACAAAAGAUAGUGAAAAGCUUUUAUGUGUUCCAGAAAACAUAUUUUCUGCGCAAUCACCUCCAGUUCAGUUGGAGAAGAACGCAACAUACCCCAACCUGAAUCGGAGUAGCGACGUUGAUAUUGACGCAGUGUGUCCCGAGGAAUCCAAUAGCUCUAAUUCAAGCAAUUUGGAGUCCGUUGAACUUUUCGUUGUCAAACAGUUUUUAUUUGUUUCACUGCCACCGUUUCAGCAACCGCGUCGUCAUCGAGUUGUUUAUGGCGAGCCACCGCCACCAGCGGAUAAGCCACUUGACCGUUCAACGGUAACCUUGCGUUCUCUCCUCAAUUGGAUUCCCACGAAUAAACCACCACCAAGAAUUCGAGACUGCCAACUAAAACCGAAGCCAGUCCAGAACGAUUUGAAGCAGGUUCAAGCACCUUGUGAGAGCGAAAAGAAUCGUACAGAAGAGUCAGAUGAAGGUUUAGGGAAUGACGCGAAAGCAGCUCAUGUAGACCCCUUUGCACCGCAGCUGUGUCUCGAUGCCGAGGGCAACAUAGUGCUAGAUGAGCAAAGUCUUGAAAUCACUCGUCCUGAAGACACUUCGACAGCCAAAUUGCGGCACGUUGCUGAAGAGGCUGGACUUUAUGGAACCACCUACACCAGCUUCCGUCGACGCCCCAUUACCCAACGCGGUCGAAGGUGGUCUGAAAAAGACACCACUCGUUUCUAUCGUGCGCUCAGCACGAUUGGCACCGACUUCUACUGCAUGACCAAGCUCUUUCCUGAUCGGACGAGGGCUCAACUUCUCAAAAAGUUCAAACGAGAAGAACGCCUCUUCCCACACUUAGUGAAUGAAGCUUUGAGUAUGUUGUCAUUCAAUGCGAGCAUAACCAUUGUUCUAGAAAACAAGCGAAAUUACGAUAUUACUGCAUUUUACAACAGUGAAAGUGAGCCUGAAGAGAAGUACGAGAAAUUGACUGAGGAUGCCAUAGCACAAAAACGGAAAGGUAAAUUCUCCAAUUAUGUGAAGCGGCCUCCGAAAGCACCGAAGGAAAAGGCUGAGCUCAAAAAAGUCGCAAAGCGCUCCACUUGUGAUAUAUCCUCCCUCAUAGAGGAGGUCCUUGCUGAAAGCGUCAAGAAAUAUCCAGAUGGUGGCGAUGACGAAGAACUCACUAGUGUUUCACCACGAAAGCAGAAGAUCACACCUUGUAGUCUUUCAGAAAUGAUCGAAAAGACUGCUAAGGGUUUAUCUACCUGA